CCCGGAGAGCGCGCGCAUCGCCGCGACCAAGUCAAAGUCGCCGUCGUUUUCGUCCACCGCGUCCACCCGUCGCCCACAUUCUUCCCUCUCCCCCACUCAGUCCGCCCCACGACCUCUUCCUAUACUCGCUAAAUCCUCCCGCAAAAAAGCGUUAAUCAUGACUGAAGAGGUUGAUUACGAGGCUCUCUCGCCCAACGCCGGUCUAGGUGUCAACAUGGUGGCUGGUGCUCUCGCUGGGAUCACAGAGCACUCGGUCAUGUUUCCUGUGGAUAGCAUCAAGACGCGCAUGCAAGUUUUUGCUGCAUCACCCGCCGCAGUGUACACGGGUAUCGGGAAUGCUUUCAGUCGUAUAUCAUCGACAGAAGGCGUGCGCGCGCUGUGGCGAGGUGUGUCCUCAGUUAUCUUGGGCGCGGGGCCUGCACACGCAGUCCAUUUUGGGAUGUACGAGGCUGUGAAGGAUUUCACGGGUGGGAACCGAGAGGACAACCCAAAUCAAUGGCUUUCAACAUCUCUCGCAGGUGCUUCGGCAACCAUUGCAAGCGACGCUUUGAUGAACCCCUUCGAUGUUAUUAAACAACGAAUGCAAGUUCACCAGUCAGAGUUUCGUUCUAUGUUCACCUGCGCCUCGACAGUCUUUCGUAAUGAAGGCCUCUCGGCCUUCUACGUCUCAUACCCCACAACUCUCACCAUGACCGUCCCUUUCACCGCUGCGCAGUUCACAGUCUACGAGCAAGUGAAGCAGAUGAUGAACCCCUCGGGUGAAUACUCCCCCGGGUCACAUAUUGUCGCAGGCGGUAUUGCUGGCGCAGUCGCGGCGGGUUUGACGACACCACUCGAUGUCGCUAAGACAUUGUUGCAGACGAGAGGAACGUCCACGGACGCGGAAAUCCGGCAUUGUAAGGGCAUGAUGGAUGCAUUCAGGAUCAUAUGGCAGAGGGAUGGCGUACGAGGUUUUGGGCGAGGGCUGACGCCCCGAGUGGUGACGCAUAUGCCGAGUAACGCGUUAUGCUGGUUGUCGUAUGAAUUUUUCAGUGCGUAUCCAUUCGUGAUCAUUGUGAUCCAUCUGUUCAUGAUUCCUUUGUCCCCGCAUACACCUUACAGAAUCGAUCAUACGUGA